CGGAGGUGGAGGGGGUGAGCAGCAUGGCAUGGAGGAGUAUUACAAGAAAAUGGUAGUGGAAAAUCCAGGGAAUGCUCUGGUUUUGAGGAACUAUGCGGAGUUCUUGUACCAGUGGAAAGGAGACGUGCGAGGAGCGGAAGAGUAUUACAGCAGAGCCAUUUUAAUGGAUUGUUCCCAAGAUGGAGAGAUUUUGUCAAAAUAUGCGAAGUUAGUGUGGGAGUUGCAUCGUGACCAACAAAAAGCUUCAUCCUAUUUCCAACGGGCUCUCCAAGCUUCUCCACAUGACAGCCAUGUGCAAGCAGCCUAUGCUAAUUUCCUGUGGGAAACAGAAGAAUAUGAGGAUGGACGCAGCUUAGGAAAAGAAAUGGCAACAGACUUACACGGCAGCUGCAACAGCUUGACAUGAAAGUGAAUGCCUGCUGCUGCUGCUUUUUCUUGGCUUCUGUAAGCAUUUUCAAAGUUGUUCCAUGUCUGCAAUGUAAUGAAAGUGAAGAAACAAGGAAUAGAAUAGCAUAGAGGAGGCAGGGCAUAAGUAAGCAAGUUCAGUAUAAGAUUAAUGAAAAGGAUCAUUUUCUAA